ACAACGUGCUCAUGCAAAACAUGGAUGGUCUGUAGCUGAAGUAGUCAUACAGUGACGUUAGUAAGAAUGUGAAGCAGGCGUACGCACCUGUUGAAAACGUCAUUUUAAGAAUUAGCUGGGUGCACGCAGCACUUCACUCACAUUAAUACACUUUCAGGAACGUAACGCCGUUAGUUCCGAUAGUACACAGCAGCAGGAAGCAUGACUUUUUUGUUAAUUUGCGUUAAAUAAAACAGCGUCACUGUAGAUAAUUUCUAUCCCGUAUUAGUGAUAACAUUGCAUUAUAUGUGGUAAGGUUGAAAGUGUGUGUUCUACCAUGAACGUUACUUUUCUGGCAAGCAUACCAGCAUUAAAAUGCUAGAUUUGCUAAUGGAGUUUGGCGAACAAAUGCUAAUCAGCGUGUGGCUCACUCGGCCCGACAAGCCAACCUGUUCACGGCGAUUCAGACAGUAGAAAUAAGUUACACAUGUCGACGAUAAUGUUUCGGCAGAUUAUAUAUAUAUCUAUAUAAGCUUUUUUAUAAAGAAACAAAUAUUAAACUUUGUCGCCUUAACAGCGGUUGCUUAGCAACGGGCCCAGUGCCGGAUGUCACGUCACAGUCAGGAAGUCAGAAAUCGCUGCGUGCUGGUUUCCAAGAAGGACUUUCAGGACUCUGUCGACGCCAGCUGUUUUUGUGAUUAAGUUUGCCUCUGCACACCUCACCUGGGCGAGUAUCUGCAGCUGCCGGCAAAGACGCCGUCCUCCCGUGUCGCCUGGCCACAUCUGUCGACCCCUUCCGCGUCAUGGCGGUGGAGUGGUCCCGGGUAGACGGUCCGUCCCCGCUGAUAGUUCAUGUCCUCCGCAAUGGCGAAGAGCUUGUGAAGGAGAAAGCGCUGCAGUACCUCAGGAGGACGGCCAUAAUGGAAGACGGUUCCUUGAAGCUGCUCGGUGUCCAGCGGCGGGACAGCGGCACCUACAGGUGUGUCCUUCUGAGAGGAUCGUCUGUGGAGGACGAAGUGCUUGUGUCUCUCAUCGUCGCUCAGGUGUCGGAGGUGAACAUGUCUGUCCGGCGGACUCCAGCCAACGAGCUGUUGGUGUACUGCGAGUCCAGCGGCUGGAGCCCGGAGCCGCUGAUUUCUCUGCUGGACGCCAGCGGAGACGUCCUGGCGGCUGAGACGGCGUCGGCAGUCCGACCGGACGGCCUCCACUCUGUCAGGGCGCUCGCUAACGUGGCAGCGGCUAAAGCAGCGCUAACAGGAAAUGGAACCUUGAUCUGCAGAGUGGAAAUACCUGGCAUGAGCCUGGCGAGCGAGAACAAGAUUUAUGUCACAGAUGAGUUCGAUCCCCCGGAGGCAGGACUUGGUUGUUACUUCGUGUUGGUCGUCGCCGUCGCGCUGGUUUGCGUCGUGGUCUUUGUGGUUCCGGUGCCGACGAUCGAGAAGCUGCGCUCUUUACUGCAUCGUCUGACAGUGUUCUGCGUCAGACUGAUCGCACAGCAGAGCGACGGAGAACAAGAACAAUUGCUGCUCGGAGGUCAGAGAUACACAGAGUACGGAGACUUCACCAAGGUGGACACAAAGGGAGCUUCUGAUGACACAGCGAGAGCAAACAACCUGCUCAGCGGAGGGAUUGUGGCCUCCAACGAGCUGGCAGAGAGAGACCUGAAGGAGAUGCUGAAGUACAAAGAGAACCUCGUCAGCGUGGGAGAAGCACUCUGUGUCCACCCCGCCCUGAUCGCCGGCAUCAUCUCCCGACAGUCUCAGGCUGGAACCAAACUGAGCGCCAACGGCUACGGAAAGAGCGACCCGAACUGCUUCGGCCUCAUGCAGAUCAGUAAGUAUUACCACGCGAUAAAAGGAGACCCGUUCAGCAAGGACCACGUGGACCAGGGAGUCACCUUCCUCAUCCAGCUCGUCAAGACCAUGAGGAGGACGAAGCGGGACUGGACCAAAGAGCAGCAGCUGAAAGGUGCGCUGGCUUGUUACAUCGCAGGUGAGGACAAAGUCAUCCCUUUGGAGUAUGACGAGGUGGACAGCGUGACGCCGCACAAGGACUUCGCCAGUGACGUGGUCGCCAGAGCGAAGUGGUUCGCCCGCAACGGCUUCUAAAUGUUUCUAACUCAGGUCCUUUUCUCGUGUUCCUGGUAUUUAAGGAGAGUUUCCGUUAAUCUGCUCGUCUUCCUCAGUAUUUAAACGUCCAUUCGUAAGUGUUGCUUAUUUACGGUAAAGGGGGGCCUGUAUGGCGAGAUCAGACCGAGUCCACCUGAAGUGGCGUGUGAAACCAAAAUGGCUGCAUUGGCCACAGAUCUGAAGGAGGGGAAAUCCAAAAAACAAACUUAGUGUUUAAUAAUUUUUGACUGUUGCCUUUCAGUUUAUUCUGAUAUUAUAUCUGUAAUUUUAACUUGUAGCAGUAUUUACCAAUUUAGUAUUAAUAUUUAAGUCAUUUUAAAUGUGUUGCGUCUCAAACUCAUAUUAUAUUUAUCACUUCGUCGCGUUUGUCUCCCGAAUCGCACAAAGCUCCGAAAAACUGGUGAGUGAAGCUUUGAACGUCCUCAGUUACUGUUUCUGCUCGGAGCCAAACGUCCAUCAGCGCAACAACUCGGCACCUUCAUCGCGCAGUGUUUUCAACCCAAAUAACGACCACGUGAAGUACAAGAAGUCUGUGCGCAGAUCAAAUUUGACUCGCUUCCCAGUGAGGCGCUGAAUGGACAAAACACGACGACCGACGGCAACAGAGGAGCUGUCAAACUUGUCAAAGCACGGCGCCUCAGACGUGAAUAUUUAGUUUGUAUGUUCUAGUAAUCACGGACUGUUUGUAGCACGGGGCUGCGGCUAACGAUGAUUUUCAUUGCCGCUUCAUCUGCCGUUUUUGUUUCCUCGAUGAACCGAUUGAUUUGGUCUGUGAGACGUCAGGAAACAGUUAAAGAUGUCGUCAAGUUUUCCAAGGUGGCGUCUUCUGAUGUCGUGUUUUGUCAAAGAGAUUCAGUUUACAGUCGCGUAAAACUGAGAAGCAGAAAAUACUGGAGGGAAUGCGUGGCUUAGAAGCAACAGAGUCUAUUGAUUGAUUAGUUGUCGAUUUAAUCGUUCAAGUUGUUUAUUAAAAGGAAAAAAAUGUUGCUGGUAAACUUUGAGUUGGACAACAGAAGCCUUUUUAACAAGCCGACUCUGCAGGAAACUGAUGCCGUUGUUGGUUAUUUCUGACAUUUUAAAAACCAAACGACUAAUUAAGAAACUGGCAGAUUAAUUGAAACUCGUGUUUAAUUGCAGCCCCAGACUUAAAACAGUGAAUCAACGAAUCAUUUCAGCUCUAACCGUUCCGUUAUUAUCCUCGUUGAUCAGCUCGUAUCCUCGCUCCAGUUUAACCAUGAAGGCCUUUUAAUGGUGUUACAUUUCAGUGUGUUUACAUUUAUUAACCAAAGUUCAGCUGUUUUUUUACAUGUUUCAAGGUCAGUAGCAGAGGAAGGAUUUAUUCUUUGCCCUUUAAAUGUUUGUGCACUUACUGUACGGGUUCAGAGGCUACAUGUGCGUAAAGACAAUCGCACUGCCGUCGAUCGCUACGUUCGGUGUCCUGAAGAGACGACAACCUGUAAAGUUCGGGACACGUUGUACAAACGUGGUGUUUGGUUUGCAGAGUUCGGUGUCUGGAACCCACCGGUUGAUUUUUGUCUCGUAGGACAAAAUGUUUGAGCCCAGAUGCUGAACUGUUGAGACUGAACUGUUGAGACGCUUCCUUGAGGUUAAACCUGUGAAUCAAUGUUGAAACUACUACUAAGUUCGGCACAAGCCAGGUCCCGAUGUGACGUGUGUCCGCCUUCUCUGGCAGCCAUUUUUCUGUCCGUUUCAACAGAAUUUGACCUCAGCACGACGUUACUCCGGCAAACGUCUGGGGGGGGGGGAAAUCAAACCGCGACUCUGAAGUUACAACCUGCUGCUGAAUGACGUUUGACCAGAUGAAUCUCAGACUCGCGCUCAGAUCGGAUUAGCACGCUCGCUAAUGUAGCUAGUAGAGGCUGGGUUUAGCGUGAUACCAUUUACACCGGUGCCUUUUUGAAUAGUUUACUUGCCAACUCAGUGUUUUGGUGUAGAGACCAGAGCUGGAAACACUCUGUAUGAUGAUUGUACAAAAGCUUUAAAAGCUAAUUCUGAAGUGGACCUCCAUGCUGGAGGCACUGCUAGUAUCUUGCUGAGUUAGCUCAGUAGUUCUGAGACGUAAUAAAGUGUUUAUACCUUUUACAGUGCGUCCACAUGGUCUGCACUCACUGAAAUAUAGCAAAAAAACACUAUGCAGGCUUCGUACAACAAUGAGCAGCAAAAACAUUUUAUAUUUAUACUUUCAGACUUGUUUUUUAUUCCUUUUUAACAAAGUACAGAAACAUCAGUGUUGAAUAAAAUGCUGUACAAUUAACAGAAGAAACCAAGAAUCUGCAGCUUUUGAUGCGGAUACAGCGACAUUUGUAGGUUGAUAAUAACUCAAGGAGACAAAAACAACCUUCAGGUAACCAAAGUUAAAGAACGUGAACGUGUGUGAGUGCCGUCGGAGUUACGUGUACAGGAGGUAAUGUGUUUCUGUUCAGUGUUUUUGUCUUAUUGACGUCCUCGCACCCUUCUGGGUCACGUCUUUCCUGCGUUUGCUCCUGGAAACAUCAGUCGCUGUUAAAUGUCUGAACGAAAAUGCUUUAGAAAGAAUGAAGUCGUGCUCACAUUAUGAAGUCUGCUGCCCCGAUUCUGUGCUCGUCUUCAUCUGUCUUCAUGUCCUUAUGUACUGCACUACUAUAUUUCGUUCCUGUGUUUUAUGCAUAAGCUGUAAAGAGAGGAAUGACGAACUAAACUGCUGUCACAGAAUUAAAGACGAGUGUAAAAAGUU